AUGUCGAAAGGUCUCUACAUCGCAGCGGGGGCCGAUCUGAGUGCGCCGCCUGCGCGCUGUAGCUUCUCGUCGUCGCCAAAGCGAAAGGCUGCCACAUGGCUGCUAGCAGGCGUCUGUUCUCUGGCCGCGCUGCGAUUCGGCCUACCGCUGCCGGCGCUGGGCCGGAUGCAGCUGUCUGUGGCCGAACGGGCGCAGCAGUGCUCCAUCGACAACCUGCACAAGGACCUGUCGUUUCUGGAUGCGGCUGUGCCGAUCGGGGCGAACGAGUUUAUCGAGCGACGCGAUCGGCUGGCCAAGGCCCUGGUGGCAUCGGGCGUCGAUGCGUUUGUGCUCGAGCCCGGCUACACGUUCCAGUACUUCGGAAACACGUCACAGGUGGACUGGGAGCCAUGGGAGCCGGAGGAGCGGCCGUUCCUGAUGGUGGUGCUUCCCGAGACGGAUGCCGCUGGUGUCGUGUCGGCCAAGACAACCUUUCUGGCGCCGCACUUUGAAGAGGGACGGGUGCGGAUGCUGGGAAUCCCGUCGCGCGACCCCGAGCUCGACAUUGUCGUCUGGGAGGAGCACUGGAACCCCUACGACACGCUGCUGCAGUCGCGGCUCUUCAGCCGGCUCGCCGGCCAGACGCCCAAACUGAUGGUCGACGAGGAGAUUCGGGACUACAUUGUCCGCGGGCUCGACCGGGCCGGCUUCGAGACAGUCGGCCUCAGCACCGAGGUUGAGCUCGUGCGACAGAUCAAGAGCCCUGCCGAGGUCGAGCUGAUCCGCGCCGUCAAUACAGGCACGGUGGUGGCCCUGCGCACGAUGCGGCCGUGUCUGGUACCCGGCCUGACCGAGGACGAGGUGAUGACGAUCCUGGACAACGCCCUGCUUUCGCUUGGCUUCAGCCUUUUCUUUAACCUCGUCCUCUUCGAGGAGCACGGCGCCCUGCCACACGGAGGCUUUGUCACCGGCUGGAAGAAGCUCAAGCACGACUCCAUGGUCGUCAUCGACGUCGGCGCCCAUUAUCUUGGAUACAGCUCCGAUAUCUGCCGCAGCUUCUUCAUCGACCCGCCCCGGACGACGUCGUCGUUGCGCCGCGCGCUCGGCCGGCUCUUCGGCUUCGGCCAGGACUAUGAGCACAGUGCCGUCUCCGACCCGGCAGUACAUGCGGAAAAGCUAAAGGUCUGGUCCGUCGUUCUCGAGGCUCAGGCCGCUGCUGCUGCGGCCUUCCGGCCCAAUAAUACAGCCGCCAGCGUGGAUAUUGCGGCAAGAACGGUCAUUGACAAUGCGGGAUACGGCCAUGGCUUCACCCAUCGACUCGGCCACGGGAUCGGCAUCAAAGCGCACGAAUCGCCCUACUUGAACAAAUGGAACACCCAGGUUCGGCUCCAGGCCGGCAUGACAUUCACCGACGAGCCGGGUGUCUAUCUCGUCGGACGAUUCGGUGUCCGCCACGAAGAUAUAUAUCUGGUCAAGGAGUCAGGGGAGGCGGAGCUAUUGUCAGGACCGCUUGCCAAGAGUCCCUACGAGCCGUAA